GUCAGUGGAAACAAAUCUCGAUCCGGAAAUUCAUCACGUUUUGAAAAUUUUUAAAAUGGUUAAACUAUUUGAUUGUAUGAAUCUGUAUUGUCUUUAUUGAUUUCCGAGCAAUGGGAGCUACCUAUGAGUACAUUAACAAAGUCGUUACGACUUGAUGGCUCUAGCGUGAUUAAAACAAUGGAGAAGUAUGAGAAUCUUGGCCUGGUCGGUGAGGGCAGUUAUGGCAUGGUGCUCAAGUGCAAGCAUAAGGACACUGGACAAUUUGUUGCUAUAAAAAAGUUCCUCGAGAGUGAAGAUGAUAAAAUGGUGAAAAAAAUCGCUAUGCGGGAAGUUAGGAUGCUCAAACAACUACGUCAUGAAAACCUAGUCAACUUGAUAGAAGUAUUUCGACGGAAGAAAAGACUUUAUUUAGUGUUUGAAUUCGUGGACCAUACAGUAUUAGACGAUUUAGAAAGGUGUCCAAAUGGACUCGAUGAAAAUACAGUACGAAAAAUUCUCUGGCAGGUUCUAAAAGGAAUAGAAUUCUGCCAUACACAUAAUAUUAUACAUAGAGACAUUAAACCAGAAAACAUUUUAGUCAGCAAAUCAGGUAUUGUUAAAUUAUGCGAUUUUGGGUUUGCGAGAACACUAGCGCAACCUGGUGAGGCAUACACAGACUACGUAGCAACACGGUGGUAUCGAGCGCCGGAACUUUUAGUGGGGGAUACAAAAUAUGGAAGGGCUGUAGAUAUUUGGGCAAUAGGCUGUCUUGUAGUGGAGAUGGUCACUGGUGAGCCACUUUUCCCAGGUGACUCAGAUAUAGACCAGUUGUAUCACAUAGUUAAAUGUUUAGGCAAUUUACCCCAAAGACAGAAAGAUAUCUUCCACAAAAAUCCAUUGUUUGUGGGAAUGAGGCUGCCGGAAGUCCGCGAGGUACAACCCCUGGAGAAAAAAUUUCCAAGAAUAUCAUCGGAGGGUCUAAAUUUUAUGAAGCAAUGUCUUCAAUUAGAGGCCUCUGACAGACCUACAUGUACACAGCUCUUACAGCAUGAUUUCUUCCAAAAAGACGGAUUUGCUCAAAAGUUUGGCCAAGAGUUAUCACGACGCAUUAACAAAGAGGAUGCUGGGAAUCCCCUGCUCAAGGUCAGAAAGUCGGCAAAUAAUAAUGACUCAGAUAACAAGGCAACUGAAAGCAAGAAGAAGAAAAAGGAAUCCAAAAAGGACUCCAAACAAGACAGUGGAUCUGACAAAGAGAAACAAUCGAAAAAGAUCUCUAUUAAUGCCAAACCUACAAAAACAACUCCACCCGCUGCAAAACUAACAAAUACUAAUUCAGCUGAAGAGACUACAUCGACCAAUCACAGUAGUAUACCUCCAAUUAACAGUGGCCAAUCAGGAUUCAGUACAGCUUCAAUGCCAAGUAUAGCAGGGAGCACAGCUACUGGAUCCUCUACUCAGACAGUUACUCCUUUAAGUACUAAUCUUACUAUGACAUCACCAAUUAGCACAACGUCUCCUGCUGGACCCCCCGGACUAAGGGUGAAUGAAAAUAAGGUGAAAAAGCAGACCACAUAUUACAAAAAAGAUGGCCACAAGCCACCAAAUCAUCACAGUCUCUCUAUAGAUCCGCAGCCUCUGCAGUCCGAGAAAAGUUCAUUACAUGAAAAGACAUUGCAAUAUGAUAAAAUGACCAAGAGAAAAAGUCGAGACGAUGGCCGUGAUUCCAAAAAAGAGUCAGAUUUCUCGCUCCCUGGAAUACAAGGAGUGGAAGGUAACUCUAAGAAUCAAGUCAAGCCUGGCAACAAGAAGACCUACCUGGCAACCAUACCUCAUAUAACAAACAUAGACCCCUUCCAGAAUAAUUCAAAUGGUGAAGAGAAGGACUCUAACUUGCCACAAGUGUGACACAGCAAAUUGUAAUAGUGCCACUGCUUGCUACACAAUCACGCCAACUCAAUCCGUCCAAUCAGAAACACUAUUAUGCUGUUUGUUUAUAAUGUUUGGAAUCCUCCAAACAAUGGAUGCAAUGACAUGUGAUCAUUAGUAAUGUUACAAAAAAUCCGUCCUUUUAUAUAAAUUAUUUUAUGUAGAGAAAUUAUAUGGAAAUGAAGGUUGUAUAAAUCCUUCCCAGAAAGAUAUUUGCUGAUUUACCAAAAGACUCAACAUAUCUAGUGAAAAAUCUUGUGAAAUCAAUUCAAUUUUUCAAUAGAGCAUUAUGGAGUUCUCAUUGUUAGAAAUGUUCACUCGUCAUACAUCAGAGUCAGUCGGAGUGAGACAUGAUUGUAUAUGCCUCAAAAGAUGUAAUUUUAAUUUGACUUAAAUCAUAAACUACAUGUAUUAUUAACAUUUUUGGACAAACAUUAAACAAGAUAAUAUCAUUUUAAUGUUAUCUGGAAACUUGUUAAUCAACAUGUGACAUGGAAUUUUAUAAUUUUGGAUAUCAUUUCCUCUCAUGAGCAUAUCCCACAAAUGUUAAUUGCUCAAAUGUUUUUGUUUUUCAAUGUGCUUGAUCACCACAGCAUUUCUUUGUUAAGUAAUAUUAGUUUUGAAGUAUGAACACUUAUUCUUGCCACCAUUUUUGCAUUAUGGUUUUAAAAUUCUUUUUGUCAUAUUACCAAUACCAUGACAUUAAAUUAGCCUUUUUUUCAUUUGUUGAAAAUAAACUAUUUAGAUAAAUAUUUUUAAGAUUAAAUAUAUGCCUUAUUGAUCAUGUAUAUAUAUAUGUCAAUACUUUUCAUACUGAUUUAAGGGAGAAUCGGAUCUAACUGAGCAACAUUUUCAAAAAUUUGGCAUAUCAUUCCUCAUCAUAUCUAUUUUCUUAAAAUCACCGAACUUUAUUUGAGGAAAACCAAACAUUUUAACAUUCAUGUGUUCAUUUUUAUAUAUGGAUAUCUGCAUUUCUUAUAUGGGAGAAUUUACACACGCUUUGCACUUAGAAUCUCAAACAAUUUCACAGAUAUCACAAAUAUGGUUAAUAAAACACUAUAUGUAUGUCUGAUUCUGCCUUUAAAAUUCAAAAUUCAGUUCUUUCAGAUUGGGAAUACUAAAUAAUGCACAACCAAAGGAAUGUUUCAUAUCUGUUAUACACCUUUGUAUAUUUUAUACUACUUUGUAAGUUUAAGUGAUUUCUCCAUAUAGUCCAACAAGUAUGUAGACAUUCCAUUUGUUGCAUAAUGCCAAAGAUGUUACCAUAUACCAUACCAAAUAUAUAUAUGGUAUGUCUAUAUCUCUAGAAUGUUUACAAAAAAUGAGUUAGGCAUGGGUUGCUUUAAUGGUUUUUGGAGUAGACAAGAUUAUAUUUAGAAAUCACUGAUACAUUGUUAACUUAAUGAGCUUUAAUCUUGUAGUGUUACCAGAUGCACUCUAAAUUCUAGACAUAUAAAUAAAUAUACUAGUAGCCUGUUGUGGAACAAGUUUCAGAGAAGGCACUGAAAUAUUUUUGUAUGCAUCUUGUUUUAUUAAACCAAAGAUUCACAUUAUCCAUAAUAUCCAUAGUUGUUGAUUUAUAAAAAUUAUUGUUGACUGUUAAGGUAUCUCUAGUGAAACAAAUAGCUUUUAUAAUGCAUUUUAUGUCCAAAAGUCAUCGCACAUGGACAACCUUAAAAUUAACUAGCUUUAAGAUCUGUAAAUUGCCAAAGAUAUUUAUGUUCAGUUGAUUCUGAUUCUGAUAUACAGGAAACAUGGUAUAUAUAAGGUAUAAACACAGCUGUGUAAUAUGUUAUUGUAGAACACUGUAAAUGAAAGCUUUUUUCUGAUCUGAGUGCAUGUAUUACGCUCAUUAUGCAUGACGUAUGCUUGAACUUGAUUCUGAGCAGUAUUAUUUCAAUGUUAUUAUUUAAGUAGCUUUUAAAUUAAUAGAAUGCACUAUACAGAGUGUCUCAAAAAAGGAAUCAAAUCCUGGUUUCUUUUUUGAGACACCCUGUAUAUAUACCUUUAUAUUUUUAAAAGACUGAUAACAAGAAAUGAAAUGCAAAACUGCUCCAUU